UCAGUUAUAGAUUUGUUAUCGUGUGUGAGGUCAUCGUUACCUCGGUAUGUUACACGUGGCAUCCGGCUGACACUGUGUCUUCCGCUGCAUAACAGGAGGAGCCACCACAGCAAGCAAAACAGGUCGAGCUCGUCACAACCACCGCACAGGGCCAGUCAGUGAUUGCCAGCGUCUAUACUCAAGAGUUUCAAGAUGUCCUACAAGGUUGAAACAGUUCUGAAGAACCCUGUGUCCACCAUCGGCGAAGGUCCCCACUGGGACGACGCCACACAGACGUUGCUGUUCGUCGAUAUCAUGAAGGGAGACGUUCACAGAUACGACCCCGCCACUGGCAAAGAUGACGUCAUCAAUCUAGACGACGUUGUGGGGUUCGUUGUUCCUCGCAGCAAGGGAGGACUGGUCGUGGGGCUCGGUCUGGCGUUCGCAACAUUGGACUGGGAGACGAAGACGGUGACUACACUGGCGGAAACAGACCCUGGAACAAAGAACCACAGGCUAAACGACGGGAAGUGUGAUCCUAGAGGGAGGGUGUGGGGAGGAACCAUGGACAAGGAGUUCGCCCCAAAGGAAGGUAAUCUGUAUUGCCUGGACACAGAUGGCACUCUGAGCAAGCAGGAUGAGAACAUGACCAUUUCUAAUGGCAUGGCGUGGUCUCCAGACAACAAGACCAUGUACUUCAACGACACCACGCCUCGGGAAAUCUACGCCUACGACUUCGAUAUCGAAACAGGCAAACUGUCAAAUCGUCGAGUGCUGGUUAAUUACAACGAUAUCCCCGAACUGAGCGGAAAAGAAGUAUUUGGCCCUGAUGGCAUGACAAUUGACACCGAGGGCAAUCUAUGGGUGGCCUGUUUUAAUGCCGGGUGUGUGGCCAAAAUUGACUCGAAAACAGGAAAAUUAUUACAGAGAGUUGAAAUCCCCAAUGCAACCAGAAUCACCUCUGUGUGUUGGGGCGGCAAGGACCGAGAUGAGCUCUACGUCACCAGUCUAAAAAUGCAGCCAAACACGAAUUUCACCGUCAGAGACACGCUUGAUGGAGCUCUGUUCAGAGUUACCGGCCUUGGGGCACGUGGUGCGCCAGCAACUAUUUAUCAAGGUUGAACUUGCUAAUGGGCCUUUACACAGGAUGGCGACCUUUGUGCCUCCAGUGUACGACCAUAUCAUUUGCCAGGUCGUCUUUGGGGGCUCAAAAGAGGCAGAAUGGUUGCCUAGGUCGUUCAAAGGUGGUACACAGGAGGUUCAGACAUCGCCAUGGACGCCAUGGUCGCCGUGAAGUUUUGAACAUGUUCAAAACAGUCGCACAAAGGUCGCCGAGGAGGCUGGUUGGUCAAAGGUGGCUCAAAGGAGGCAGAUGGGGGGCACAAGCAUUGCCGUUGUUGCAGAAUGAAGGCACAGUGGUCGCCCAAUGGUUGCCUGGUAAUAGAUGCGUUCUGCUGCAAAUUUUCCCGUCAAUCUGGGCGAUGCUUCUGCCUCCCUUGUGCCUCCUUUGGGCGACCAACAGCGUGCAUUGAAUGAUGACUGUGGCGACCGCCGUGCCUCCAUUCGGCAACCACGGCAACCCUUGACACACCAUGGCAAUGCUUCUGCCUUUUUUCUGCCUCCCUUGAGCCCUUGUGCCUCCUCAGCAUGCCUAUAAAUAGAGGGCGUGUACCUGCAGUGUAUCAUUGUGGUUGCAGACGCUGAACGAAUCGAGCAGUUACUGCUGAACAACUGCUGGAGCAGUUACAUAGAAACAUGAUUUUCUGGCGUCCUGGCCAGUUUUUGAUCGCUGUAAAGGGGCCUUAAAAUUAGAUAGAGACUGUGACUCUGUGCGUGCACAUAGUGUGCAGUGUGGUAUGGCUCGGCCUAAUUUUACCUACUUAUUGUAUAUCGUUUUUUCGAUACUUUUUUAAGAAUAAAAUUGUAUAUUCCUGGA